AUGGCGACUCAAACACCUGAACAACAGCAACAACAACAACAGCGUGCCAAGGCUCUGGGCAGCCUCCUACAAGCCAUGGGUGCUGUACCCGGAAACCGCAUGGAUCGCUGGGUCCAGGCCAUCUACUUCGCCGAACUCUACCCCGUCGCCACCGCCACAUCGCUGAAAUUUUCGGCCUUGAACGCGAACCGGUCCGUCGAGAACAUCUUCGAUUACGCCCUUGAAGUGACUCUGUCUCACCAGAGCGCCUCGCGAGCGACUCAUGCCGACAAGAUCGAUCUCGUGGCCUGCGUCACGAGGCUGCUAUCGCCCAUCUCUCCUAUCUGCUUUGAGCCUGGAGUUCCUCUGCCGGACCAUCUUGCGGCUUAUCAACCACAGAUCUUAGGCGUACAACAUUCAUCAAUCCUGCGUAAUGGGGCGGCUCACCAUCGCGUUACGGUUGGGUUCGUCACCGGCGAGGCACGUGACGCGGCGCUCACGACGCCCCCCGCUCUCACUUGGCGAUCGGCGAAGGCCCGCUUCGCGAAGUCUCACAGGUUCCACCAUAACAUGGUCGAGCUUCGAAUCAACGUCGGUGUUCAAGGAGUGCCCUCCAUGGAUGCCAUCAUCAAAUCGUUCCAAUCACUUGUGCAAGACCUGUCAGGCAAGGGACAUUCAUGCCAACUUGCAGGUUCUGCGCGUUAUCAGCGUGGACAACGCCUCGGCCUUCGCCCACGUUGCCGGAGACUACUCGGCUUUCCUACACUUCGAUGACGACUCCCUAUUCCAACGCCCAACACGACCUUGAAGGAGAUUCUACCUUCGAGGAUCGACCUUCCCACUCGAGGCAUCCCGGUUACCGCCCUUCGCCAUGACUAUGAGAAGGAGGCGGCUUGCGGUAGGUGCCACUUUGUGGGUCACGUGGGAACCUGCGGACUGGAUCAGGAGAGGAAGCGGAAGGAGGCUCACAACGGCAUCAUCAACAGCAACAAAAACACCAUCACCCACAACACCAACAUCGCGGAGGCCGAGGCCCCCAUUCCUGUGCUGGUUGUUAACAGGAUCGCAUCACAGAAUCACUUCGCCGGGCUCGAGGUCGAGAGGGACAGGAGGAAGAGGUAA